AAAAACGCACGGUUUCCUCAGUGGAGUUGAAACAAACUUCCACCCGAGGGGACCACUGUCAGCCCGGACAACAGCUUCCACAGCCAUCCACUCACCACUGCCCACUGCAACACACCAAGACCGACACACCAUAUGGCUCCCUUCGAGAAAUCAAUGGAAAUGAUGCCUUUCAAGCAAAGGAAAUGCCUUGCUACUAGAAAAGACGAAGUGAGUACUAUUCGUUCAAAAUUUCCCAACAAACUUCCGGUAAUUGUGGAGCGAUAUUUCCGUGAAAAACAGUUUCCUCUGCUCGACAAAUCUAAAUUCUUGGUGCCAUUUGAACUCACAAUGGGUCAGUUCAUAAGCCUUCUUAGGAGUAAGAUUGACCUUGAUUCCACACAGGCCCUGUACCUGCUAGUGUCAGAAAAGCACAUGACCUGCAUGACAGCGAGCAUGGGAGAGGUGUACUCCCAGUACAGAGACCAAGAUGGCUUCCUGUACAUGACUUACGCCUCACAGGACAUGUUUGGCUGACGUCACCCCACCGAUGCUCCACAAGCUGCCAUCUAUACCGGUCUCUCUACCAUCCACUAUGAUUGACAGCUGAGCUGCACUCUAUACUUCCAGAUACGGUGUACUGAAGUUCUGCUUUGCCAUGAUGUCAGUGAACCACAGCAGAGAGAACAGCCCAUGUCCACCUG